AUGGGGAUUGACGAUGGUGCAACUGCUGAUGCUAACCGGCCACCACCCGCUACUAUUGCAGGCGCUUUGAAUUCGGCCUCUCAGUCGUUGGUGGGAUCCAAGCCUCUCGAGGCCAGUGACAUACAAAGCGCGGAAGCUCGAGCCACUGGAAUUCCGGCCGGCGUGAAAGGUGGUGUCGGAGCUGCUGCGCAGCAUGCAGUGGACAAAGGCGAGCCGGUUACAGUCGGAGACGUGCUUCGUGUGAGUAUAUCUCUUUUUGUGCUUUUCGCUGCGAAGACACCAAUUCCAAAGGGUGGUGACAAGAUCGUCACGCAGGCUGAUGCUUCACGAGUUCAGAGCGCCGAGCAGCGAAACAAUCCCGACAGCGUCGUUUCUCCGGGUGGUGUCGCUGCGUCGAUGCAGUCAGCCGCGGAUCACAACAAGGCUGCAGGAUACGCUUGA